AUGAAAACCAAAUUGAACCCACUUUGCUUAGUUACACUUAUUGUACUACUAACCUAUGUCUCAAGUGGAAGUGCUCAAGAUAACUCUUGCUUAAACAAGCUAUCACCUUGCUUAAACUACCUCAAUGGGACUAAAAACCCACCUGAUAGUUGCUGUGAACCAUUAAAAUCUUUGAUUAAAUCUGAUGCAGCAUGCUUAUGUAGCUUGGCAAGUAACAAAGGUACAAGACAAGCUGAGGAAGCUGGUAUUAAUGUUACUGAGGCUCAGAAUUUGCCUGGAAGAUGUGGUCAACAUGUUAAUCCAUUGUCUUGUCUCUCAAAUUCUGGUGGUUCUAGGAACUCAGAUAAGAACUCGGCAACAAAGUUGAUGAACAUGUCUUGGUUUGUCAUGAUGAUUUCAGUUGUGUCAACUAUUGUACACAUGUUCUUAGGAUCGGUCUAGGGACUUAUUAUGGUGUGUGGCAGAAAAUGUAGAGGUCCAGAUUGAAUGUUUAAAAAUUUUUAGGUUUUUUUUUUUCUUUUUCUUUGUUGUGGCAUACAAGAUGUUUAAAUUUGAAAAUUUGAAAUUAUAUGUUUAUUAAAUGUCAUUGUUUGGUUGUUCAUGUUAUGAUAGUACCAAAAAUAGCUAGAUUCAUCAAGAGUGUCCUUUUAAAACUUCAAUAUGUUUAUCAUCAAGUAGUCUUUCUAAGAAACUCUCAACAUCGAUUUGGAGAAUUGCUCAAUACUUAUAUACAAAUGAUCUUCU